UAAGUGGGUGUGUCAUCUAUCAAGAUGGCGUCUCUUGGUUCAUAUUUACCAGAUGAGGGUAGAGCUGUCUGGAGGAGAGACAGAACACCAGAAUACACCACAGAGUCUAAAAUAAUAAGACACGUUGUAAUAAGAGGAACUGAACUGAAACACGACCCGUCGACUCACGUGCUGUACAGGAUAGACGUACUAACAGAACAUGCCCACUGGUAUAUCUGUAGGAGAUACAGUGAAUUUAACGAGUUACAUAGAAAACUUGUUCGUAAACACAAGAUCAGUAAAGACCUUCUCCCUCCUAAGAAACUGUCGGGAAACUUUGAACCGAAACUGAUCAAUGCAAGAAGACAACAGCUGGAGCAAUACCUCCAAAAACUAAUUAACAGUGAUGCUCAGAUAUCUCAGUCAAACGAAUUAUUAUCAUUUCUUGAUCUACCAGCUCACGAUGUGAUACAAGUGGCUCAGCUCCUUGCUAAGCAGUUGUAUGUGUUAGGUGAUAAAUUAUUGGAGAAGGAGACACCAAUAGCACUCACUAUUAAUGACUUGUACUGUAUCACCAAAAGACUAAGACUACCAAUGGACCUACACACAAGUACAUGCAGUUCAUGUUCAGAUCGUUCAUCUGAUCUGGGUCAUCUAUACAGUUUUAUUCACCAGCUCCACAGUCUUAAGGUGAUUCCCCCUCCUCCUCCAGUUUCUGUGACUAGAAUGGCCUUUGAGAUAACACCGUUCAGAUCCCUUACUAUUCUAAAGGUUGACUGUGUUCCAUUGAGUCAAGUGAGUGGACUAGUUAGGGUCCAGCAACAGUUAGAGAAGGUCUCAGUUCAAAGGAGCCUCAAUACUUUGAGAGAGCUACUGAUUGAUUCAGUUGAAGAAAGAAGAACGCAGCAACCUCCUGAGGCUAAAGGUUCCUUAACUGACUCAUGGAGGCUAAUAGCAACUGCUAAAUUUACAACUAACAGGGUGGUUAUACAGCCUUGGUUACGUCUCACUUAUUUGAAUAUCUCUUAUAAUAAAUUAACACAGAUUGAUGAUUCAUUACAAGUCUUGCCAGUUUUAAAAGAAUUAAAUAUCAGUCAUAAUCUAUUAUCUUGUCUUGAGUUGCAGUACCUGUGUCUUCCAACACUCUCCACUUUAGAUAUUAGCUUUAAUCACAUCUGUUCGGUCACAUCUAACAAGAUGGUGUUGGAGAAUAUUAAGGAGCUAAACAUGUCACAUAAUAUGAUAGCUGAUCUCUCUCACUUGUCCUCUUUCAUAUCUCUAACUUCUCUUAACAUCAGCAGCAACUCUUUAUCAAACUGUGAGCACUUCCACCAUCUUACUCAACUCAAGAAACUGACCACACUCACAAUUAAAAAUAACCCUGUCAUGAUGAACAAUGCUAGUAGACUCAUAUUACUGGCCUGUUUCAUGCAUAAAUUAAGAAUGGUGACAAUUGAUGGUUCGGAGGCAACUGUGAAAGAACAGGCAAAGAUACGUUCCUUGACUGAUCGGUUUGGUUCUGAUACUGACCAGUGGCCGAUAACCAAACGAGUCCUCAGUCCCACCCACACACCAUCACCCGCCCCUUUGACCCCGCCUCCUGUAGCCACACCUACCUCUCCACCUACUGUACACGUCUCAUGGAGUGUAGAAUCCUUCAAGAGAUCCCCCAGUGUUAUAUCCGACACCUCUCCCUCUCACUCUCUCUCAACUAACACUUCAGAGUCAGUUGAUCAUCCAUUGUUCUUUGACCACUAUCCAUUGGGAAGGCCUCCCUCUCUCCCUCCAUCACGAGAUGAUCCUGAUGGACAGUCAGACAGUCCUUGUCUUGACUCUUCCCCUCUCUCCUUAGCCACACCUCCCUGUACCCCUGCAGGGGGACAGGAAGUGGGUGUGGUUUCAAGUAUAACUCCUCAAAUGAUAUUAAAUGCUUUGGAGUCUUUGUCCUCGUCUCAGACCAGAAGUGUUUCUCCUGAUAGUCUGUCACAAGCACUUCAGGGUUUCAUUAAUGAGCACUUACUGACCACGCCUCCUUCCACCCCUCUUAACGAGGGAGAGGAGGAUCAUCCCUUGUCCUCUGCUGAUCUCAUAUUAGCCCUCACUGCUACUCUUAGUGCUCACAUUGAUGGGGAGGGGAGCGAGGGAGGGAGUGCUGUUCCUUCUGCUCCUGUGGGUUCUCCUCAAGAAGGAUUAUCUGAGUUGGUUCGGCUAGGACUCCAACCUGAGGACAUACUUAAAGCACUGAAUAGUCUCACAGUAGCUAGGCAGCUGGUGGAGGCUAAGGCUCCAGGUGAAGACAAUGAGUCUCUCUUAGAAACACUAACUCUUGAUGAAUCAGUUACUGCAGGUGGUGACACUGACUGAUUAGUGUGUGUGUUACUUAAUUAUAUGAUUUGUGUGUCUAUAUAAAUUAUAUUAUAGUGUUAAUUAUAAAGAUUUUGUUUAAUAUUUUUUAUUUUA